CAUAUACACACUUUUGAACGUAAGUGUGUAUAUAUAUAUAUAUAUAUAUAGAAAUGUUAUAGAAAAUUUAUGAUAUAAAAAGAUGAGGAUGUAAAAUGCAUUUCUUGUCCACAUCCUCGUUUCGUUCCUAUCGAAUUUUCUUGCUUCGUUCCCUCUCCAUUUUUCGCAUUGCCUAAAUAGGUGGGGCAGAUUCCACGGAGCCUCAACUUUGAUGGAAAAACUAUGCCGAAGAACUCUCCCCUUCAACUAUCUCAUUCUCUCUUCGUCUGAUGCAAUCGGAGCUGUAGGAAAUGGCAUUCAGAUCAUCAAUCGCGAAGUUCUCCUUGUUUUCUUCUUCGUCAUCGCAAUCUCUCCAUUUUCAGCAUUUCUUCUUCACAUGUACUACUCCGCCGCCGAGAAUUUUCCGGUUCUGCUCCAUUUCUACUGCUUCUGGUGUUAAGAACAAGGCAAAGAAGGAGAAGCAGAAGAAAUCGAAGAAUCUCAAGGCGAGUACCUCGGUUUCGAAAUCAUCGGAGUCUGCUUCUUUAUCUUCGAAGUUAGCUUUGGUGAAGGAGAAAAGGAGGACUCGGUCCACUAAGGAAUUUGAUGAGAACGCUAUCCCGAUUGGCGACACAGCUGCUCACAUUCCGGUAAUGCUUGCGGAAGUAUUGGACGUAUUCGCUAGUUCAUCUGGAAGGCCGCUACGAUCCUUUGUAGAUUGUACCGUCGGUGCCGGUGGACAUUCCUCAGCGAUAAUUCAAGCGCAUCCAGAGUUAAAUUUUUACAUGGGAAUGGAUGUUGAUCCAAUUGCACUUGACAAGGCUCAAGAUCGGAUAAGUGAUUUCUUCAGUGAGGAUUCUGAUUUGAAAGCAUAUAUAGUUCUGAAGAACUUUAAAUAUGUGAAAUCACUACUGGCUGAUUCAGAUGAGAAACCGCUAGAUCCUGGAGUUGAUGGAAUGAUGAUGGAUUUAGGAAUGUCAUCCAUGCAGGUGGAUGACCCUGAAAGAGGAUUUAGAGUCCUUGGUGAUGGACCUCUUGAUAUGCGAAUGGAUCCUCAGGCAAGUCUAAAAGCAGAGGACAUAUUGAACAAUUGGCCGGAAACAGAAGUGGGUCGUAUCUUGCGGGUUUAUGGAGAAGAAAGCAAUUGGUAUUCUCUUCAGAAUAAAAUCGUAAAAGCUCGAUCACAAGGUGGAUUGCAUUCCACCACUCAAUUACUUGAUCUUAUCCGUAAAUCUACUCUGGGAUUUAAAGGAGGAAGACAAGGUUGGAUAAAGACAGCAACCAGGGUAUUCCAAGCGCUAAGGAUUGCUGUUAAUGAUGAACUCAAUGUAUUACAAAACUCCCUGUAUACGUGUUUUGAUUGCCUCGCACCUGGCGGUCGACUUGCCGUCAUCUCCUUCCACAGUUUGGAGGAUAGAGUUGUGAAGCAAACAUUUCUAGACAUCAUUAACCCCAAAACGGAAGGAGAUGAAGAUGGAGGAGAAGUCACAAAGAUUAUGGAAGAGAAUGAAGAAUGGAUUAAGCAAACUGUUAAGGGUUUGAAAGGCACAGUCCUCACGAAAAGGCCUAUAACUCCAUCGGAGGAGGAAGAGAGGUUGAAUAGACGUUCUAGGAGUGCUAAGCUCAGAGUAAUUCAGAAGAAUAUUGUUGUUUGCUGAUGGAAACACAAAUUGGCAUUCCGACUUAUUUGCUAGAUAAAGGUUAGUACUUACUUUCUAUAAUACCAAAAGACUCUUUUUCUUAUUUGUAGCUUUUUCCAUUUUAUUUGGAUUUUUGUUUACGAGUUCUUUUGAAA